AAACCAAUUAAUCAAAAAUAAAAUAAAAUGAAAGUAUGAAUAUGUCUAGUUUCAAGACAGAAUAUUAUUCUUCCAUUCUAAAGGUUCCUAUCAUUAUUUUCUUCUGUACACUAUAAACCUUUUCUCUCUUCUUCAUCAACCUGCUGAGGGAUAUAUAUGGCUGUAUCAUCUCUAUGGAAUCGUGGUUCAUUAAUAAAACCAUUAAUUGUAGCUUUGAUAACUUCAACUUUGAUAACAUUCUACAUCUUUUCUACUUCAAGACUACUCCUCCAACAUCCUCCUCAUCAAACUUGGAAUCACAAUUUAGAUUCGUCAGCCAAACUAAGAGUAUUUGUUGUAGAUCGUCAUAAUAAGCCAAAGCAAGAUGACGAAAGUGUAACUCUUUUAUUAGCAAAUACUAGCAGCAGUUUGCCUUUCCCACAGCCAUUUCCAUUUGCUAAGGCCCAUCUCCAACAAUACACUCAUCAACUCGAGAAACUGGUCCGGAACAAUGAUGUGCUUCAUGACAAGGAUUUGUUCAAGAAAGAAUACAAGGAAAUGAAUAAAAGCCUAAAGAUAUUUGUGUAUCCCCACAAGAAGCAUGACCCUUUUGCAAAUGUGCUAUUACCAGUUGACCAUGAACCAACAGGGAACUAUGCAAGUGAGAGUUAUUUCAAGAAAGCCCUUUAUAAAAGCCAUUUCAUCACAAAUGACCCCAAAGAAGCAGACUUAUUUUAUCUUCCAUUUUCUAUAGCAAGUCUGAGAAAUGACAAACGGGUAGGAGUUGGUGGUAUUCAAGAUUUUGUGAAAAAAUAUGUUGUUGAGAUUAGUGAAAAAUACCCCUAUUGGAAUAGGUCAGGAGGGGCUGACCAUUUCUAUGUUGCUUGUCAUUCUGUUGGAAGGUCCGCAAUGGAGAAAGCUAUUCAUGUCAAGUUAAAUUCUAUCCAAGUGGUUUGUUCUUCAAGUUACUACCUAUCAGGUUAUGUUCCUCAUAAAGAUGCUUCUAUUCCUCAAAUUUGGCCUAGGAAAGGAGCAACCACUAUAAAUGGUCCUUCACUGAGGAAAAAGCUAGCUUUUUUCGCUGGAGCAAUGAACUCGAGAGUACGUGAAAACUUGGUUGAAACAUGGAAAAAUGAUUCGGAGAUCAUCGUCCAUCGGGGCCGCAUGAAAACGCCGUACUCGGAGGCCUUAUUGGGCAGCAAAUACUGCAUUCAUGCUAAAGGUUUUGAGAUUAACACAGCCCGAGUUAGUGACGCUAUUUACUACGGUUGUGUUCCAGUGAUAUUGGCCGAUCAUUAUGAUCUCCCAUUCGCUGACAUUCUCAACUGGAAAAGUUUCUCUGUCAUUGUUUCAUCCCUUGACAUUCCAAAACUAAAGCAAAUUCUUGAAGAAAUAGAGUAUGAUCACUAUGUGAAGCUUCAACAGAAUGUAAUGCAGGUGCAGAAGCAUUUUCAAUGGAACACUUUUUCCAAAGAUUUUGAUGUUUUUUAUAUGAUUAUGUACGAGUUGUGGAUUCGAAGAAGCCAUUUGCGACAGAUCUACUGAAAAAUUCUGAAGCACUUGUAGUUCUAGGAAUAGAAAAUCAAUAAUUUUUCAUCUUUUCAACUUACCACGUGAAUUGUUGUUAUUGUUAAAUGUGUUAUAUCUUUGUUGAUAGAGCGCAUAUAUAUAUAUAUAGGUUGAGAAUCAUUCUAAUAUUA